GCAGCGGCAGCAGACGCGUCUGGCUCUGCCUCUCUGUGCCGAGCGCUGGUGAUCGGAGUCACCCGACCUUGUUCUGAGGCUGGGCACCAAGCUCCUGUCGCUGGCUACACUGAGAGUGCUCCCAAAUUCAAACCCAGAUCCUUCUGCCAGGCAGAAGCACGGGUUCAAAGAUGGAGUUUACUGGAAAAGGAAAAACCUCUGAAGGAAAAGGCCUGUCUGGCUACCCGCUUGCCAAGACGUUUUCCCUGGCCAGUCCCUCUAUGCUCCUUCCCUCCAAGCCAUUGCCUCCCAUCCAGAAGAGCUCUCCUUCUACCAAGCCAAGCCUGAUAUGCAGCAGAGAGCAGGAGAAUGGGAAAGAUGGCAUUGGCUAUGCUGAGGGCAGGAGAAAAGAAGAGGAGCUGAGUUCAGAGGGACAAGGACAUAAGGCUUCCUUGCUGUGUUCCAGUGGAGGGGAUAUGAAGAAGGGGUCAUUGGGACCACCUCUGAUCCCCCCCAUAGGCAAGGCAGUAAGUCCCUCUCUUGGCAGUGCUGUGGGCUCUCAGCAAAGCUCUCUGCAGCUGGAAUUCCAGGAGUCCCAGGGGAUGAGGUCAGGAUGCAGCAGCAGAAGCAAGGAGGAGAACUCUGAACAUGCAGGCAAGGCAGUAAUUCCCCCUCUUGGCAGUGCUGCGGGCUCUCUGCAAAUCUCUCCGCAGCUGGAAUCCCAGGAGUCCCAGGAGAUGAGGCCAAGAUCCAGCAGCAGAAGCAAGGAGGAGAGCUCUGAACAUGCAGGCCUCCCACUGAGCCGGGCCAAGGAGAUGGAUCAUCACACUGAUCCUGGUCUUACGCGUGACACAGACCUGAGGGAAGGUUUUGGAAAGAUCCGUGCUGCAUUGUGCAUGUUGGCUCAAAAGAACUUAGAGCGGAAGGAUGCAGAGCUUUUGGAGAGAGAGAUGAAGAAAAGGAGGCAAAGGAAAACAUCCUUGCAGCCCAUUCUGGAGACAGUUGAGCCCGGGGAUGAAGCUGAAGCAAACUUUAGCCUACCACCUGUUGAUGGCACAGCUUCUAGAGUGCAGAGAAAACACCCUGGUAGUGCCUUGAAGAAGAAGGUCUUGAAGAAGCAGGACAAUGUGUCCCUACUGCCCAAUAGGCCCAUCAUCCAUGGGGAUGGCAGCUUCCCACGCAGCUCCUCAGGAAAUACACAGCAGAUAGUCCCUAGUGGCUCUUGUCUCUCCUUUGUGGGCAGCCUGCCUGUGCUGUGA